CAUUGCGGGCGCAUUGGCAUUGGAGGGAAAAAAGGAGUGGGGAGAAAGAGAAAAGAAAUGGGACUCGCUCACAAGGAACAAUACCACAGUAGACUAUGUGUGGGUUUUUGUUGUCAAGGAUCCGACUCGGUCACCGAGCCGGGAAGAACAAUGUUCAGCAACCCCUCAAUGCCGACGGUAGAAGUGGUGGACGGCUGACUUUCGUCUUUGGUUGAUUUCUGCGCUAAGCCGUUUCUUUUUCAGUCGAUUAACAUCGAAAACGACGUCUUCUGUGUCUGUGACCAGAGCUGGACUUUACGGAGAAAUCAUGUUGUAGGUUGAAUUGCACAAUCGGGACUCUUCGUUACUUUUUGGACAUUAAGAUUGGACAUUCGGCCGGUGGAGACCGCGACAGCCGAGCGAAUGACUGAAUCCAAGCCGCAGCCUCGCACUCCCGGCUAGUCGAUACUGCGAACGCAGCACGGCUGGUCCCAUCAGGCAGCUUGAAAGACGCGUCCAGUAGUUUAAGACAGAAAAGAAAAAAAAACAUACAAGUCUGGCAUGAAAAUCUGGUGAUGUAAAAACACUUGAUUCAUACACCAUACUGGAGCUGGUUUCACUCCGUGUCUGAUGACUGAAAUGACCCACUAGACAAUCAUCCGGCCCCGGUACUACACUCUUCCCUCGUCGGCUGAUUCGUUCUCAGUGCACCUCAUCUGUAUACCAUCGCCGAUCUGUCUGCGAUGACAUCAUAAGCCUACGGACCUUCUUGAAUCGAAGAACUGUGGCAGAAAGAGUCAAGGCACAAGUUUGGCGGGAACUUGACCACACUGGUUGUUAUCGUCGGGAGGCGGUGGUGUACAGGCGAUGGAACUCACUGAGCACACCCGUUGGAUGGUGGUCAACGGUCAACACGGAGACACCCAUGGCGGCUCACACCCUCACGGGCCCCACCCGACCGCCAUGACCCCCUCGGCGACAUCGGAUAGGAUGCCCCAUGCCCCCCACCACAGUCUCAACUUCAUGGAGCCACCGCAGCUCGUGCCGCCAGACGACGUGGACGUGUUCUUCCACGCGCUUGACGGGAGCUCCAACGCAGUCAACCCGCCCAGCUACUAUGCCAAUUCGGCCGCUACUCGGGCAGCCGCGAUGCAUAGCUAUAGACCUUCACAUGCUCGUGUGACUGGCAGCCAAGUUUGUAGGCCACAUUUCCACACGCCGACUAUUCAGUGGUUCGAGAGCAGCAAAACGCUGCGGCCCGUGCACCAAUCUAGCAACCACUCGGCGUGGUGUACUAGCCCCUUCGGCGGGGCUUCUGCAGCGGUGUCAUCCCACGGUGGGCCACCGGCUCUCGGCUCCUCCGGAGGUGGUGGCAGCAGCAUCAAUUCGCAGUCCAGCCCCCACCUGUUCAACUUCCCGCCGACACCGCCCAAAGACAGCACCCCAGACCACCUGACCACGGCGGGGCUCAGCAUCCACCCCUCAUCAGGUGACUACUCACACAUGGAGGAUAAGUCCAUGCAUCGAGAUCACCAUCUGACCUCCCCCAUCUCCUCGGCAUCCACGUCCGGCGCCAUGUCGAUGGCUACCAGUUCAACUGCUGCGGACACCCCUUACAGCACCCAACAUCACAUGCCAGCCUACACGACGUACGUCCCGGCACCUGACCUGACCAACUCCCUUGGGUUCCACACCGGGACCGUGAUGGGUAACAGGGGCUUCAGUGGUUCUGCCCCCCGACCACGCACGAAAAGCAGAUCCAGUUCUGAGGGGCGAGAAUGCGUCAACUGUGGAGCCACUUCCACCCCCCUGUGGCGUCGGGACGGCAAUGGGCACUACCUGUGCAACGCGUGCGGCCUGUACCACAAGAUGAACGGACAGAACAGGCCACUUAUCAAGCCCAAGAGACGACUGUCCGCAGCCAGACGAGCCGGGACAUCCUGCGCCAAUUGCCAGGCAACGACCACCACCCUCUGGCGGAGGAACCCAAACGGGGACCCGGUCUGCAAUGCCUGUGGGCUCUACUACAAGUUGCACGGGGUCAACCGGCCAUUAACGAUGAAGAAGGAUGGAAUCCAGACGCGGAACCGUAAGCUGUCCACCAAGUCCAAGAAGAACAAGGGCAAACUGGUCAUGGAAUCCAUGAAGCCCAUGGAUGACGGCUACCCGAAGUUCCCCAUGUUCGCCGAGCAACAUCAGAACCUGGCCCAUUCCCACGCGCACUACCACGGCGGCAUGUCGGACUACACCAUGGCCGGGCCCACCACCACGGCCCUGCACCACCCCCACCACCACUCGCACGUGGCACCGCACUCCAUGGCGUACAGUCCGUCCUCCCUGUGCAAUUCCCUCUACCCCACCGGACCCACCCACGUGCCCGUGCCAUGCAGCCUGCCCAUGUCCUCUUCCACUGGGUCCAUGGUCGGAGCCAUGGCAUGAAUCAGGGGUUCCGCGCCCAGUAUUACCAUAGAGAGCAAGGCCUCUAUGGUAUGACUAAUCAUAGGGCCAAUGGACUACUGAUCACAAGGGCCAGUUAGGAGUGACCAAAUCCUCCCACCAGGAUCCAAGAGACCAUUCUACUGGUGCAAAAACUUCAGGUAUUCAGUGACUUUUUAGUAGUGACUCUUCUUAAGAUGUUGUGACCAGGAACAUCCAAGCGAAGUUGCACCACAGAACAACUCGUCGUACAUUAUUUUACAUAACUGUUUCAACUAUCAUUUUCGAAGCGAAGGGAGUAAGUCACAGGUGCUCAAUCUGACUGUACAUAAUACAUAUUAGACUCCCACGAUCAACUGGUGGCGCCCUACGGAUAGUAACAAAAUUCACAGUAAUAAUGUGAAAAUGAUAACAAACAUUUCGGAGGAGGGUCACCGAGGUUACCAACCAACUUUGUGUCACAGUGAUGGCAUCAGCCAUCAAUAUGUGAAUAAUUCAUGAGUGUUGUACAUUCAUUAUGAAAAAAAAAUACAUGUACAAAACAUGUGAUUGUUCACUGUAUAAAGUAUGAGAAACAUCUGCAUUGCUUGUCUAGAAACUUCAGUCAGUAUUCGUAUGGUAUUUGAAGCGCAAAUGAAGCGCAACGCCAUUAGUGUAUCACUUAUUUUUUUUGUUGGGGAGAUAGAAGAUUAAUAUGUCAUGCUUGUUCCAUUCGUUGUUAUUAACCACAAUGUUGUGCAUGCUCCUUGCUCAUUAAGAUGACGUUUGCAUUUUGUGCUACCAAAUCUAUCAUAUCUAGUCAUAUCGCUCGACAAAGACAUAGUGCACACCUUCAGUCAGACGGGCAGAACGCAAAGGUUCUCAGAAAAGGUAUCUUGAUUUGUAGAUUUACAUUUCAACCCGAUCCUCCCUUUUGCAUUCAAAAGUAAAACACUUUCACACAUUUUCCUGCUAAUAUCUUUUUUUUUCCAGCGCAGACUGAGCCUUACUCCCUUGUACUUUUGGGGGCCACACCUACUGUGUUGGCCUGCGUUGGGCACGGUAUUCAAUCAUUCAGGGCACACGCGCUCCUGACUGAUGAACUUGGGAUAAGUUGCGUCACCAAUUGGCCUUGGAAUUUCCGCAGACAUGUUGAAACCUUAAUGGUGUGGACAUCUGCACUUGACCCGUAGCUUACACUGUGCUGUGUAUAUCACUCUAACCCCUCCUUCCACCGCGUCUUUUCUCGCCAGCGAAGUUUACUUUCGUACAUCAUCACAUUUCAUAAAUAUUAGUGUUGCGACUUUGGAUGGAGAAAUUGUUAUCAGCAGCGCGUGGUAGGGAGAAGGCUCACGGGCGGUCUACGCUGACCUGGGGCCGGAAGGAAGAACCGAAUCAACUUGAUUAUAUAGACACAUAAGAGAGACGUGGGGAGGGUGAAAUACGAAAUAAAAAAAUUCCCGGGGAGUUCAUGAGGUCCCCAGGCACCAUCGGAGCGGGCCAGGAUAAUCCUGGGGAUUACCGCCGGCUUAAGGGUGGAUUUCCAGCCUGCCGUCAGGGCGUGUGAGUGUCCCGUGUGAGUCUGGCCAGGGCUGACAGCGGGGGAGGGGGUAUUGGAAUUACGGCGUCCAAUUAUAGAGCAGGCUGACAUGUGUCGGGCCGUGGCCUGGUGCACUAUUUGCUAUGAACUGGGAAAUAUAUAGACUUUCUGGAAAAUAAACAAAGAUUUAUUGGGGGGAAAUGCUUAUCUGUCCUCUGCACUUUUCCCGUUAGAAAAAAACAAACAAGAACCAUGAGCAAUAGGAACGUGGAGACGCACCCCAACUCCACCCGAAAACACGUCCCAGUCGCAGGCUUAUGUUGAUAUACAAACGGAAGCAACUCAAAGUGACAAUUAAUGCAAAUUAUCGAUUUAAUUCCCGAUAACUGACCGAAGCUGACUGGAUAAAGCUCUGUGAGAGCCAGUCUAUUAUACUGAGGAGGUGAGGAUCUCAUGCGCGCUUGGGCUUUGUUUUUCAAUCUGGCAGUCAUCUAUCUUUCGUUAACAAAAAUCGGAUUUUUUUCAAGUCUCACGCCCUCUGGAAACACCACUUCGUACACCACCUCUGACACUUGGGAGCCAUUUCCCUUCUAAACGCAGAUUUUCAUAUGCACUGGCCUUUCACCAGCUUUUCCAGAAUAUGGGCACUUCGUGGUUGGAUAAAUGAGGCUUUUGGACAAAAUGUUUCAGUAUUCUCGAGAACGCUCAUACAGAACUUCUGUUAUAGAGAGAUGCACUAUAAAAAAUAAAUAAACAAAUGAAAAAAAAGGAAGUGGCAAAUGGAUUUUUUUUAGCCCGGCUGAAAAUUAGCGUAGGAAAUGGACAUAACCUGCAGCAGGAAGUAUAGAAUUUCGUCGGUUGGAUUGGGAGGACUUGUUGAGUGCAACUCGUUUUGACAUCUCAUCGGUCUCUCAGCCUUCUCGUAUCGUCCAGAAGGUGCCCUGAGAUUUCCGGCUUGUGAUUGCAAACGGCGUUUUAUACCAAGCACGUUUUGAUGAGCAGUUCGGGCGCUGUGAAUAACUUUUAACGCGCACUUUCCUGGAGUGCUAUAACGUGUAAUGGUCCGCGAAGCCCUGUCUUCUUGGUCGUUUCUUAACCCUAAUCGUGUCGUACCCAAGGGUGUAGGCUGGGGGUACGGACGCACCCCCAGCCAGUAGAAGGGAAUUCCACUUGAGGUGUUCAUUUUUAUUAUAUUUAAAACCAAACAGCAGUACGUUAUGUUAUAAAGGUGAAAACAUGUGAGUAUUCGAUACACGAUGAUCGAAAAGUAAAAUAGCAAAUACUGUACAUGAACUUGUUUCUGCAUGGGGAAAUCUGCUUUUCACGUGAGCACUUGCCUUCCUCGUUUAAGGAAGUUGGAGUUCCGCUUUCCCCGGGGGCCAAACCAGCCUACGCCCCUGGUAUCGUUAUCCAGUCAACUGUCAAACCCUUCAGGGAUUUUUUUUGCUUCUGUCUUGCGAUGAUUUUGACUCAAUUUCACUAAAAUCGGACGUACCGUUCUUUCUCGCUUUUUAGUAGGGCUAAUUAAGUAAGUUUAGCCCUCAUCUACAGAAGCUCCAGGCCUUAAGUUUGAGGGCUAUUUACAUGCUUCCAGUAUUCACAUAAAGUUCUAUGAAAAAGUCAUUCAAGUCAGUUUGACACGCCUGUGCUUGCCAUAGCUGCUUUUGGAAAUUGUUUUCAAAAUUAGGUAAAGGCGUAAUAAGGGUAAAUCCGAAAAUGCCAUCUAUUCUGAAAAAAUUGCUUCUUUCUUAUCGCAAUGCUGGAAAAGGUACCAGACUAUUAGAGUGGAAACUACUCGAUCUGUUCCGGAUGAGUUGUAUAAAGAAAGAAUAGAAUUUGUUGACGGAAUGAAGUAUCCAUUGUGCUGUGUCCAUAUUUUCACUUUUAGCUACAACCGUUUUGGAUUUGAUUUCUGGCUCAGUUUCCAGAGAAACACUUAUGAGAACGAAACGAAGGUGUUGAAUUGACAUCUUGAAUUGACAAAAUUUCAUAUGCAAAACUUUGCUUCAGAAGUUCUUAAAGUUCGUCACAACAGGAUGCUUCGGACUAACGGCGGCCAUCCCUUCGGGAAUCUGAACAUUGAUGCCUAAUCACUAUGUGAACAAGCAUUGUGGUUGAUACAUAACAUGGAAUGGCCUUGCAAUGUUAUCGAGGUAAACGUUUUGUCGUAUGUGUAAUUACAUUACAAUGUAACCCCACGCCCAGUCUCUGCAAACUUCAUGCUCGAAACCUCCCCGAGUCAUUGGUGCUAAUUCAGUCGUUGUACUCUUUAGUGGGGAUAAUCAUGUGAUAAUUUCCAUGAACAAUUCUCUCGUGAAUUCUUUGUACAUUACCUACUGUGAAUGUUUCAGAAUGUAAGACGAUAUAAAGAUUAUUUUAAAAUGUAAAUGUAUACAGUAAUUAUUGUAAAUAAUAAUAACAUAGUUUAGUCUAGAGGUCCACCGUUGUCGGUUGCACACAGCAUCAGACGUAACGUUUUGUAACGUUCUCGAAACCGACAAUUUGUCGUGUAAAUCUAUCCGUCCCAUUUAAGAAAAAUCAUGAUUAGGCAAAUGACUAUAAAAAGUUACAUGGGUGACCAAAAUGUAUGACUAUACCUUGCACCACUUUGACCACAUAAUUGAUUUUGUAUACUUUUAUUAUUUUAGUGUAUGAUAAUAAAACGGUAUAAUCCCAAUUCUGAAAACAACUCAAAAUAAUGCCGAGCCGUUUUCCUGUCGCAGCUCAUAUUUUCCAGGACCGUGUUUUCUUUCUGUGCUGGGGGGGGGAGGUAGGUUAAUCAUCGCUGAGCAAAUGAACAGAACUGUAAUCGGCACCGUGGGGCCCUUUCAAAGCUGUACUGAGCCAAUUCAAGUCCAGUGUCACCAUAGAGUUGUGGGACAGAAUUUGGGGGAUAAACGUGUGGCUGCAAGGUUGCAUUGUUCAUCAAGAAACGAAAGGAAAAAUACAAUGAGUUGAAGUAUGUGCAAGUUGAAAUAAAGUUUGCAUAUUUGGACAGAAAACUAGCUUCCGAAGAAUGGAAUUUGGUCUUAUAGAGUGGACAUCCACUCCCUUUGACUAAAGCUUAGGACAUAAUGACUUCGAGUGAAAUAUAAUUAUUUCAUUUAUACUCGAAAAGGUCGAUAAAAAACUCGAGAUUACAGUGGGAAACCCACGUUAUUAAUCUAAAUUUCGGGUGAUUAUCACUGUUGAUUGUUCAGCCCUUAGUUGGACUCAUGUGAAACGAACUAGCGUCGGGGAAACAUCUCUUGUACUUUAUUCUAUUUAAAUAUUGUAUUCUUGCCACAUUCUGCAUGUUUGUAAAAACAUUAUAGCCUACAUUCAAGAAGUUGCUGUUCGUUUCGGUCAGCUCGCUUUGCCAGUGAUUUUGCUGUUUUUCUGAUGUUGGAUACUUUAUAACAUAUUCCAAUGAUUUACCUGAAACACUAAGUACUGCAGACAUCCUGUUAUUUUGCUGUAUAGAAUUUCGUCCCAUCCACACGCUGUGUUCUGAAAUAAUGUCAGUCGUUUACAUAGACAAAUUCUCGUUGCAUUUUUCGGGAAUUCACGAGAUUUUGUGGAGUAAGGCCAUUCUUAUGUUAGAGGCGAAUUAAACGUAGGAUUAAAAUGUAAAUACACGUAUACGAAUUUAAUCAAAGUAUGAAUCAAGCAGUUUUCAGGUCUGCCUGGAAAGUAAGAUAUUAAUACAAGAAUAAAUUAUAUAAGUAUCGUUAACUUCAA